UCAUUCCGUCGCCGGGCUGCGCUGCGUGAGUUGCGCGGUGCCAGGAUGGUCAUGGCCGCCGCCACCAAGCGGAGCAUCUUUGACCACCGCUACCGCUACCGCUACUUCUCUCUGAUCUCUGGUCAUGGCCGCCCCGGCUCCGCGCAUCGUCCAGUACGUGGUGCUACGCGCCGACCUGCGGGCCCCCGCCUGGACCCGCGGCGCCCUGGUGGCCCAGGCCUGUCACGCCUGCCUCGCCGCCGUACACCUGUCCCGGGAACAGGCCGACACGCAGCGGUACCUGGAGCAGCUCGAUAGCAUGGCCACCGUGGUACUACAGGCCCCUGAUGAGGAGAGCCUGGUGAAGCUGUCGCAGAGGCUGACCGAGGAGCAGGUGGAUCACAAGCUGUGGGUGGAGCAGCCGGAGAACUGCCCCACCUGCCUGGCCCUGAGGCCCUGCCCCAAGGAGCAGGUACAGGGGCUCAUGAAGAACCUCAAGCUGCUGAAGUGACAGCGCGGUGGGGCUCGACUGCCCACCGCGAGGUGGAGGGUGACCCCUCGACUGGGCCCGGCCCCCCACCUCGAGGGAGAGGUGACCCCGGCCCUCUCUGCUGCUGCUCUCUAGAUCUGGUAACCUCAAAUAAAAUGCAUCCUGACCUCCA